UCAGUUCCCAGUACCUGCAGGUGUUGUUUCAUGCGCUUCCUACGUGUUUUGGUCAUCAUGCAUCUUUCGCUGCUGUUAUUUUUAUUGCUGAAUUUCCUAAUUUGUGCAGUGGACAGUGAUGUGAAACUGGACCAGAAGAUGCUAAUGACUAAACCUGCCGCCAAGCUUGCCAAGAUAGAAUGUAUCUUUCCACGAGACUGUUAUUUUUACCUUUACUGGUAUCAGAAAAAAGAGAAUGAAGCUUUCAAGAUGGUUCAGUAUGUCAAAAUCAACGAUGGUACAAACUAUAACGAACCUGGUUUUGAGUUCUUAAAAACAGAGAAAACAGAAAAAGAUAAGUUUGUUUUGAUAAUCCCUAAUUUGAAGACAGAGCAUUCAGCGAUGUAUUACUGUGUUUGCUGGCUGUGGGAACAAGGUGCAGCAUCACAUGGUAGGGUCACAAUAAACCUUCUCAACCAUUUGCUUGCUUCUUGUCUUUACUGCUCUAAAUAUUUAAAACUAAAAUUCAUAUUUAAGCUGUUUCCAGCGAUACAAAAUCAACAUGGAAGAGACAAGUUGUUCACAAAGAGUCCUUUUUUUGUCACUGAACAAAACACUGUGUCAUCCAGAAAACUCUUCGGCUCUGGCACAAAACUUUAUGUAACAGAUACAAACACUUUGAAAGACCAGGUUAAAACACCCCAAGUGGCUGUAUACCAGGUGUCCAAGCUGCUUCAGAAUAAAAAGCGUGUGUUGCUGUGCCAGGCAAAAGAUAUGUUUCCAGACCUUGUGAGAUUCACAUGGCAAGCAGAAGAUCAGAGUGGGAAAAAAGUGGAGCUGAAAGAUUAUGAGCAGCUGGAGCAGAGAGAUGACAAUCCGGAGAUCCGAAUAACCAGCAUGCUCAUCGUAGACAAGGACAAAUUGAGGACCAGUACAUUCACCUGCUCUGUUCAACACGACAGCAGCGUUGAAGACCAGAGUGUCAUCGUUCCAAGAGACAAUACCAUCACACAAAUGUGUUCAAUGUCAACAACUGAAGAGGAUGAAGAGAAGAAAUUCAUGACUUCUGGUUUGUUUGAGCUCAGUCGCAGUCUGUAUCUGUUCAGUUUGACGUAUGUGAUACUGCUGGUCAAGAACAUACUGUACUUCUGCACCGUCUCUGUCUUACUGUGCAAGACAAAUGCAGCGAUUCCGUCCUGAUCGGUGCAUCAACCAAACAACACAGAAGGUUUUAACACUCUACUCUAUAUUACACCACCAUGUUCCCUGUCACAUAUUCUACAGGCAGAUUUUAGUAUACAUGGUGUUUAAACCUCAUGUGUCUUUAUACUUGUCUGUGAUUUCUUCUGAGCAUUGCAUUAGGCAUAUAUUAAGAAGAGCUUAUCUGUCUAGACAGAAUUCACAUUUGCUUUUACAUUUGAACUUACAUAUGGCCAUUGAAGCAUUUCUGUCUCUUCUUCUCCUUAUGUUAUGUUAUUCAUAUUUUUAUGUCAUAUAUACAAGUGGCUUUCCAAACCUGAGCACAGCCUCAGCAGCCUUCUUUUCAUGACUAGGUAUAGAAUGUGUUCCAAAUGCAAUACUUCUACUACUAAUAAUAAUAUUACAUGAUAUGACACCAAAUGUCGUUCUUAUCAAUUUCUUUUUCCCCCACUCAAAAUUAUAUUUGUCUUAUGUUGUGUUUAUCAUUUAAUAAAAAUGCUAUUUGUUGUUAAA